UGCACGAUGGAAUUUUUGCCAUCCCUCCCUUCCGAAAAAAAAAAAGCAUGGGAAUCGUACAGCAGAAUUUUUAGGAUUCCACUUAUAAUGACAUAGAUAACGUUUCUUUAAGAGGGAGGGCUUUACUUUAAUUUUUCCGAAAAAAAAAAUAGUACCUGGACAAGUACUAUAUAGUGUGAAUACGAGGCAUAUUGCAAUCAAUCAAUCAAAUAUAAUCAGAAAGCAAAGAAAAAGUAGGAUUUAAAUGUAGUGUAUUUUUGCAAACGUUCCGAAAGUUAAUAAUAAGUCCAUAAUAUGAAGCAUCAAGUUAGUGUUUAAUAAAGAAAUAAAAAAUUGUUGCUGUUUGAUAGGUUUUGCUCCAUAUAACUUUUUUAUAUGAUUUAUUAAAACUAUCAGGCAUACUUGUCUUGUAUUCAACGUAAUUGUUUGUGUUCAGUUGAUAUUCAACUCUAUUUCAUCAAAACUUGGUAGCGAAUUAUUCUACCAAAAAUUCAACAUUUAUUUUUGAUGCUUAGUGUGUUAAGUCUAACUGCUAAAAGGGUAUUUUCUACAAUGAGUUGCAAUGCAAAUGAUCCUUUUCAAGGUGUAUUUUCUGUAUCGUAUGUUACUGCUCCAAGUGAUGAUGUAGCAAAAAAAAUAGCAGAAGGUCUGGUGAAAGAGAAAUUAGCUGCUUGUGUUAACAUCAUUCCUGGCAUUCAUUCAAUUUAUGAAUGGAAAGGAGAAAUUCAAAAAGAUUCUGAAGUAUUGAUGCUUAUUAAAUCAAGAACUUCAAGAUUAGAUGAGCUGACAAAAUAUGUGAGGGAAAAUCAUCCAUAUGAAGUUUGUGAAGUCAUAUCUAUGCCAAUUCAACAAGGAAAUGAGCCAUAUCUGAAGUGGCUAGAUGAAAUUGUACCAGAGAAGAAAUGUUAGAAACAUAUCCUAAUACUGUAUAUAAACAAAUGUGUAUCAAUAAUACAUUUUAAUAAAUCUUACCGCACAGUUUGAAA